UGUCAAAACACAAGCAUAUGUGCCAGGGGUAGACCACCACAUGGAGAAGCGGAAUUCAAAGAGGAGGAGGCAAUCCAAAGGGUGAAGGUCACAGAAAAUAUAUCAUAUGGGGAAGCCAAGAAUAAAUAUAUCUUACGCAGAAGCGGCUGCCCAGCCAACAUCUAACAAUAUCGAGCGUUUGCUAGAAGAAGAAAUAUUACCAAAAAUCGUUCAAGCCUUACAAAAUAACCUUAUUGAUAUGUUCCCAAGCUUAGGAAGCUUUAAGAUGCCAAUGGCACCAUUACGACUUCCCAGAGAGCGUACGGGCUCUGUAUCAACCAAUGUCUCAGAAUCAAAAAACAGAGAUUUGAGUGAAACGACAUCAGAUGAGGAAGGUAGCAGUCAAAGCCCAGUGAAAAAGAAAAGAGGCAUGCCUAGAAGCCAGCCUAAUAAAUGUGAUAAACAGUUUUUUGUGAUAUUAUAUCUGUGGUAUUUUUAA